GAAACCUGGGAGAAGAUGGCGGCGCUGAGGGCAUUGCUGAGGAUCCGAGCAGCUGUAGGAUGGGGAGCAAGCAGGAGACAGCAGAAUGCUCUCUCGCGCAGCCAAAGCACAUCACUGGAGGAAAAGCCACAGUUCCCUGGAGCCUCCACCGAGUUUGUAGACUCCCUGGAAUUCAUCCAGCCCAAUGUCAUCUCUGGCAUCCCUAUCUACAGAGUGAUGGAUCGGCAGGGGCAGAUUAUCAACCCCAGCGAAGACCCCAAGAUCCCUAAGGAGAAAGUGCUGAAGUUUUAUCACACAAUGACCCUGCUCAACACUAUGGAUAGAAUCCUGUAUGAAUCUCAGAGACAGGGGAGAAUUUCUUUCUAUAUGACAAACUACGGAGAGGAGGGGACACAUGUGGGCAGUGCAGCUGCUCUUAAUGACACGGACCUUGUAUUUGGGCAGUACCGGGAGGCAGGGGUCCUGAUGUAUAGGGGAUAUCCUCUAGAUAUGUUCAUGGCACAGUGCUACGGAAAUGCCUCAGACACCGGCAAGGGGAGACAAAUGCCUGUGCAUUACGGCUGUAAAGAUCUGAAUUUUGUGACCAUCUCCUCCCCACUAGCAACACAGAUACCACAAGCUGUGGGUGCAGCGUACGCCAUGAAGCGUGAGAACGUAGACCGCGCCGUCAUCUGCUAUUUUGGUGAAGGAGCCGCCAGUGAAGGAGAUGCUCACGCUGCUUUUAACUUUUCCGCCACGUUAGAGUGUCCGGUGAUCUUCUUCUGCAGGAACAACGGAUACGCGAUCUCUACCCCGACCAACGAGCAGUACCGUGGAGAUGGCAUUGCUGCUCGGGGCCCUGGUUAUGGUAUCAUAUCUGUUCGUGUGGAUGGCAAUGAUGUCUUCGCUGUGUAUAAUGCUACCAAAGAGGCGAGACGCAGAGCAGUAGCGGAGAACCAGCCUUUCCUCAUAGAGGCCAUGACGUACAGGAUCGGGCACCACAGCACCAGCGAUGACAGCUCUGCAUACCGUUCUGUAGAUGAGGUCAAUUACUGGGAUAAACAGGACCACCCCAUUUCCCGGCUCCGACACUACAUGCUGCACAAGGGCUGGUGGGAUGAGGAGCAAGAGAAAAUAUGGAGGAAGAAGUCCCGCAAAAUGGUGAUGGAAGUUUUUGAAGAGGCCGAGCGAAAACGCAAGCCCAAGAUCGAGCACAUGUUCUCAGAUGUCUACUGCGAGAUGCCUGCGCAUCUAAAGAAACAGGAAGAGUCUCUGAUGAAACACUUGAAGAUUUACGGGGAACAUUAUCCUUUGGACAACUUUGAGAAGUAACUCCCCAGCGGGAGCCAGAAACAUGCUGUUACUCCGAGAUUCCUGUUACGGCCGCACAACGCUCCAGACUGUGUCACCUCCUCAGGGCUGCUCAUUCCAGCUUUUAUAUUUCUGAUUUCCGUGGUGGCUGAAAAUCGGCAUUAUUUAGGGAGAGGGUGGUUUUAAAACAAGUGUCAGUGUUUCGAGAUACUGUGCAACGUCUUUCUGCUGUGCCUGAGACAUGUAGGAUUGCCAUGGCAGGUGAGAGAGAUCAGGCUAUGUAACUUAUUCUAUUACAAUAGAACACUAAACAUUGGGGCAUCUGUGAAGAGAUUGCAGUGAAUAAAUGUCUUACACAUUUGGGUGUCCACA